AUGGCAUUUCUGAAAUUCGGCCCCAAGCGCUCCAAGUCUACCGAGAAUGCAGUUUCGCCCAAACCCAGAUCCCGUGGUCCUCGCCGUUGCUCUACUAGCACUACCAGUGGCAGUGGCCGCAGUGGCAUGGACAUGAGCACAAGCACUGGGUCUCAUUCUCAUUCUCAUUCUCAGUCCAUGGGAACUUCGUCGCGGCGUUCUUCCGCCAUGGGCGGAUCUCUGCGCUCUUCUACCAGCAGUACUGCUUCUCGUUGCUCCCGUGCGGAGCGAGAGUCGAUUAAAAAAGGUAACCUGGACCCUUCAGACAUUAUUGCCAUGAUGGAAGCACAAGCCAGUAUGACUGGAGGAGAAGAUAAGGCAGCAGAGAUCUUUGAACUAUUGAAGAAUAGGCAAAGCUAG